AUGGAUCGGAUCGACGUGGCGCUCGGUGUUCUCCACUCCCUCCGAGUACCUCCUGAUGACUUGAAACCCAUUGUCGACGGCGAUCGCCGCAUCAUCGACUCGAUGACAUGGAUCUUGCUGCAUGAUUCGAGAGUGUUAGAGCAACUGAAGCCCGAUUUCUUCCGAGCUGUGUUAUCCCUCGUCCGCGAUCGGAUCUCUCAACAAGCAACCAAAGCCGCGCUGCAGGUCCUGCUACAUGCUUGCGGAUGGGGAAGGAAUCGGAUCAAGAUAGUAGAGGCCGGUGGAGUGAAGGAGAUUGUGGAGCUUGAGCUGACGACGACGGAGCUCAACCUGGGGGUGCUGAGCCAACUGUGCGCGAGCGCAGACGGAAGGGCUGAGCUCGUGGGCCGUGCCGCCGGCCUCACGACCGCUUCGAAGUGGUCCCUCCGGGUCUCGUCGCUGGCGGACGAUAAAGGGGUCAGGAUUCUGUCGUCGCCGUGCAGCUACUCCGCCACCACCGAGGUCCUGCAGGAGAUGAUGAGUGUGAGGUUUUGUCGGAUCCGAAGCUUCCAAACAUUAAUGACCGUUUUGUCGUGA